AUUUAUUUGGCUCGACACCUCCGAGAAUCUUUCUUCCUUUCUCCCACACAUCCUCCCUUUCUGUAUCCAAUCUCCCCUCAGUCCUUUCUCCUCACAGCAAGAGAAAGUCGUCAAGAUGUCUCCUACCGACAACAAGGUCCUGGGCAUGCCGCCCUUCGUGGCGGACUUCCUGAUGGGUGGUGUCUCCGCCGCCGUCUCGAAGACUGCUGCCGCUCCCAUCGAGCGUGUCAAGCUCCUGAUCCAGAACCAGGAUGAGAUGAUCAAGUCCGGCCGUCUCUCUCACCGCUACACUGGCAUUGGUGACUGCUUCAAGCGCACCGCUGCCGAUGAGGGUGUCAUGUCCCUGUGGCGUGGCAACACUGCCAACGUCAUCCGUUACUUCCCCACCCAGGCCCUGAACUUCGCUUUCCGUGACAAGUUCAAGAAGAUGUUCGGCUUCAAGAAGGAGCGUGAUGGCUACGCCUGGUGGAUGGCUGGUAACCUGGCCUCCGGUGGUGCUGCCGGUGCCACGUCCAUGUUGUUCGUCUACUCCCUGGACUACGCCCGUACCCGUCUCGCCAACGACGCCAAGCACGCCAAGACUGGUGGUGCCCGCCAGUUCAACGGUCUCAUUGACGUCUACCGCAAGACCAUCGCCUCUGACGGUAUUGCCGGUCUGUACCGUGGCUUCAUGCCCUCCGUCGCCGGUAUCGUUGUCUACCGUGGUCUCUACUUCGGCAUGUACGAUUCCUUCAAGCCCCUCCUCCCCAAGGGUCUCGAGGGCAACUUCUUCGCCUCUUUCGCCCUGGGUUGGUGCGUCACCACCGCUGCCGGUAUCGCUGCCUACCCCCUUGACACCAUCCGCCGUCGCAUGAUGAUGACCUCUGGUGAGGCCGUCAAGUACAAGUCUUCCCUCGACGCUGCCCGCCAGAUCAUUGCCACCAACGGUGUCAAGUCUCUCUUCAACGGUGCCGGUGCCAACAUUCUCCGUGGUGUUGCCGGUGCUGGUGUCCUGUCGAUCUACGAUCAGCUCCAGCUCAUCCUCUUCGGCAAGGCCUUCAAGGGUGGAUCUGGUUAAAUCCAUUCCACAUAACAUUUCCUGUAUAGAAACUUUCGUUGCUGUUCACGGUGAGGAGAGUUGGGAGAUCGGGUUCGCUGAUUUCGAACGACAUGUAUUUGGUCUCGGCAAAAAGGGAGAGACGUGGAUUUGGCAGACAAGGGAGUGCAGAUAUCCAGAAGUGGUUUACAAGACCGACUUUAUCUCUGCGGGUUAGACUGGCAUCGGCAUGGCGUUAUUCGAUUACUGGCUUUGCCGUCCUUUCUAAGUCGCUGUAAUAUACAUCUACGCAAUUUUCCCUUGCUAUAAUC